AAAGGGGGGCGGAGGGCCCCGGGUGACACAGAUCGCACCAGGGCUUCAGCUGCCCCACCUGCCUCUGGUCUUUCCAAUCUCUCCUGUGAAACUCUAAUUAACAUGGGUGAUGCCCACAUGGCCGAGUUCGGGGCGGCUGCCCCCUACCUGCGGAAGUCGGACAAGGAGCGCUUGGAGGCGCAGACCCGGAUCUUCGACCUCCGCAGCGAGUGUUUCGUGUCCGACGAGAAGGAGGAGUUUGUCAAGGGCAAGAUCGUCAGCCGGGAUGGGGAGAAGGUGACCGUCGAGACCGAGAACGGCAAGACGGUGACGGUGAAGGAGUCGGACGUCCACCAGCAGAACCCGCCAAAGUUCGACAAGAUCGAGGACAUGGCCAUGCUGACGUUCCUGCACGAGCCGGCCGUGCUCUACAACCUCAAGGAGCGAUACGCCGCGUGGAUGAUCUACACCUACUCGGGGCUGUUCUGCGUGACAGUCAAUCCCUACAAGUGGUUACCGGUUUAUAACGCGGAGGUGGUGGCCGCUUACAGGGGCAAGAAGAGAAGCGAAGCCCCACCCCACAUCUUCUCCAUCUCUGACAGCGCCUACCAGAACAUGCUGACGGACCGAGAAAACCAGUCCAUCCUCAUCACCGGAGAAUCCGGCGCAGGGAAGACGGUGAACACCAAGCGGGUCAUCCAGUACUUCGCCAGCAUCGCGGCCAUCAGCGACCGCAAGAAAGAAGGGACCAGCGCCAACAAGGGGACCCUGGAGGAUCAAAUCAUCCAGGCCAACCCCGCCCUGGAGGCCUUCGGCAACGCCAAGACCUUGCGGAACGACAACUCGUCCCGAUUCGGUAAAUUCAUACGGAUCCACUUUGGGGCGACAGGAAAGUUGGCUUCAGCUGAUAUCGAGACCUAUCUCCUGGAGAAAUCCCGGGUCAUCUGCCAACUCAAGGCGGAGAGGAACUAUCACAUCUUCUACCAGAUCCUGUCCAACCAGAAGCCAGAACUUCUUGACAUGAUGCUGAUCACAAACAACCCAUACGACUACAGCUUCGUCUCCCAAGGAGAAGUGACUGUUGCUUCUAUCGAUGACUCCGAGGAGCUGAUGGCCACUGACAGCGCGUUUGACGUGUUGGGCUUCACGCCCGAGGAGAAGGUCGGGGUCUACAAGCUGACGGGCGCCAUCAUGCACUUCGGAAACAUGAAGUUCAAGCAGAAGCAGCGUGAGGAGCAGGCUGAGCCCGACGGCACCGAAGAUGCAGAUAAAUCCGCCUACCUGAUGGGGCUGAACUCGGCCGACCUGCUGAAAGGGCUGUGUCACCCCCGGGUCAAGGUGGGGAAUGAGUAUGUCACCAAGGGGCAGAAUGUCCAGCAGGUGUAUUACUCUAUCGGAGCCCUGGCCAAGUCCGUGUAUGAGAAGAUGUUCGGCUGGAUGGUGACCAGGAUCAACAACACCCUCGAGACGAAGCAGCCGCGUCAGUAUUUCAUCGGGGUGCUGGACAUUGCUGGCUUUGAGAUCUUCGAUUUCAACAGCUUCGAGCAGCUCUGCAUCAACUUCACCAACGAGAAGCUGCAGCAGUUCUUCAACCAUCACAUGUUCGUGCUGGAGCAGGAGGAGUACAAGAAGGAGGGGAUCGAGUGGGAAUUCAUCGACUUCGGCAUGGACCUGCAGGCCUGCAUAGACCUCAUCGAGAAGCCCAUGGGCAUCAUGUCCAUCCUGGAGGAGGAGUGCAUGUUCCCCAAGGCAUCGGACAUAACUUUCAAGGCCAAGCUUUACGACAACCACCUGGGCAAGUCAGGGAACUUUGGCAAGCCGCGGAACAUCAAGGGGAAGCCGGAGGCGCAUUUCUCCCUCAUCCACUAUGCUGGCACGGUGGACUACAAUAUCACUGGCUGGCUGCAGAAGAACAAGGACCCGCUCAACGAGACCGUGGUGGGGCUCUACCAGAAAUCCGCCCUCAAACUCCUUGCCCUCCUCUUCGCCAACUAUGCUGCGGCCGAGAGUGGUGGUGACGGGGGGAAGGGGAAGGGAGCCAAGAAGAAAGGCUCCUCCUUCCAGACGGUUUCAGCGCUGCACCGGGAGAAUCUGAACAAGCUGAUGGCGAAUCUGAAAACCACUCACCCCCACUUCGUCCGCUGCAUCAUCCCCAAUGAGCGGAAGGCACCGGGGGUGAUGGACAACCCCCUGGUGAUGCACCAGCUGCGCUGUAACGGGGUGUUGGAGGGCAUCCGCAUCUGCAGGAAGGGCUUCCCCAACCGCAUCCUCUACGGGGACUUCAGACAGAGGUACCGUAUCCUGAACCCCGCGGCCAUCCCCGAGGGCCAGUUCAUCGACAGCCGCAAGGGGGCGGAAAAACUGCUGAGCUCCCUCGAUAUCGACUCCAGCCAGUACAAAUUCGGACACACCAAGGUGUUCUUCAAGGCCGGGCUGCUGGGGCUGCUGGAAGAGAUGCGAGACGAGCGCCUCUCCCGAAUCAUCACCCGCAUCCAGGCCCAAUCGCGGGGGCAGCUCAUGCGCAUUGAGUUCAAGAAGAUCUUAGAGCGCAGGGACGCCCUGCUGGUUAUACAGUGGAACAUCCGGGCCUUCAUGGGGGUGAAGAACUGGCCCUGGAUGAAGCUCUACUUCAAGAUCAAGCCGCUCCUGAAGAGCGCUGAGACGGAGAAGGAGAUGCAGACCAUGAAGGAGGAGUUUGGGCGCCUGAAGGAGGCGCUGGAGAAGUCGGAGGCCCGGAGGAAGGAGCUGGAGGAGAAGAUGGUCUCUCUGCUACAGGAGAAGAACGACCUCCAGCUGCAAGUGCAGGCUGAGCAGGACAACCUGAAUGAUGCCGAGGAGCGCUGUGACCAGUUGAUCAAGAACAAGAUCCAGCUGGAGGCCAAGGUGAAGGAGCUGACAGAGCGAAUGGAGGAUGAGGAGGAGAUGAAUGCUGAGCUGACGGCCAAGAAGAGGAAGCUGGAGGACGAGUGCUCGGAGCUCAAGAAGGACAUUGACGACCUGGAGCUGACCCUGGCCAAGGUGGAGAAGGAGAAACAUGCGACGGAGAACAAGGUGAAGAACCUGACAGAAGAGAUGGCCAGUCUGGAUGAGAUAAUAGCUAAACUGACCAAAGAGAAGAAGUCUCUGCAGGAAGCUCAUCAGCAAGCACUGGAUGACCUGCAGGUGGAGGAGGACAAGGUCAACACUCUGACCAAAGCCAAACUCAAGCUGGAGCAGCAGGCAGAUGAUUUGGAGGGCUCCCUGGAGCAGGAGAAGAAAAUCCGGAUGGACCUGGAGCGAGCCAAGAGGAAGCUGGAAGGGGACUUGAAACUGACCCAGGAGAACAUCAUGGAUUUGGAGAAUGACAAGCAGCAGCUGGAGGAGAAACUGAAAAAGAAGGAGUUUGACAUCAACCAGCAGAACAGCAAGAUAGAGGAUGAGCAAGCCCAGGGCCUGCAGCUCCAGAAGAAGCUGAAGGAGCUGCAGGCGCGCAUCGAGGAGCUGGAGGAGGAGCUGGAGGCAGAGCGCACGGCCCGGGCCAAGGUGGAGAAGCUGCGCUCGGACCUGUCGCGGGAGCUGGAGGAGAUCAGCGAGCGACUGGAGGAGGCGGGCGGCGCCACCUCGGUGCAGAUUGAGAUGAACAAGAAGCGGGAGGCGGAGUUCCAGAAGAUGCGGUGGGACCUGGAGGAGGCCACGCUGCAGCACGAGGCCACGGCCGCCACCCUGCGCAAGAAACACGCCGACUCGGUGGCCGAGCUGGGCGAGCAGAUCGACAACCUGCAGCGCGUCAAGCAGAAGCUGGAGAAGGAGAAGAGCGAGCUCAAGCUGGAGCUGGACGACAUCAGCUCCAACUUGGAGCAGCUGCUCAAAGCCAAGGUCAGCCUGGAGAAGCUCUCCCGCACGCUAGAGGACCAGACGGCCGAGCACCGGGCCAAACUGGAGGAGACGCAGCGAGCACUGAAUGACACCAGCACCCAGAGAGCCAAACUGCAGACAGAGAAUGGUGAACUGUCCCGCCAGCUAGAGGAGAAGGAGGCCCUGAUCUCCCAGCUGACCCGGGGCAAACAGUCCUACACCCAGCAGAUGGAGGACUUAAAAAGACAGCUAGAGGAGGAAACCAAGGCGAAGAACGCCCUGGCCCACGCGCUGCAGUCAGCCCGGCAUGACUGCGAAUUGCUGCGGGAACAGUACGAGGAGGAGACGGAGGCGAAGGCCGAGCUGCAGCGCUCGCUCUCCAAGGCCAACUCCGAGGUGGCGCAGUGGAGAACCAAGUACGAGACGGACGCCAUCCAGCGGACGGAGGAGCUGGAGGAGGCCAAGUGA